ACCUGUAGAAGACUCCACAGAAGGCAGCAUGUUCCCUUUGUUCCUUGUGGCCGAACUGGUGGUUCUGAGCCUAGUGACCUCUGCUAGGAGCCAGGAGACAGAUCCACUACAUGGCUCCAAGGACCAGCCAUUCUUCCGAGGAGCUGAUCGAAAUGACUUUGCCAUUGUGGUCAAUCCAGGAGAGACAGAAUGUUUCUGGCAAUUUGCUGACCAGAUGGGCUACCUCUACUUCAGCUAUGAGGUUCAGCGCAUUCUCGGAAUGUCACAUGACCGCCACAUUGUUGCCACAGCACAUACCCCACAGGGUUUCCUUAUUGACACUUCCCAGGAUGUACGGGGCCAGAUUAACUUUGCAACACAAGAGACAGGUUUCUAUCAGCUUUGUCUGAAAAAUGAGCAGAACCGCUUCAGUGCUAUACAAGUGUAUCUCAACUUCGGAGUCUUCUAUGAGGGGCCCGGGAUGGAUCAUAAGCAGAGUCAAAGGAAACAGCUGAACGAUACUCUGGAUGCCAUCGAGGACAGCACACGAAAAGUGCAGAACCAUGUUUUCCACAUGUGGCGCUUCUACAACUCGGCCAGGAUGAGGAAGGUGGCCGACUUUUUCCUCCUGCAGUCUAACUACACCUAUGUCAACUGGUGGUCCACAGCUCAGAGCCUUGCUAUCAUUCUUUCUGGGGUCCUCCAGCUCUAUUUCUUGAAACGUCUUUUCACUGUCUCAACUACUGACACAAAGAAGCCAAGAUGCUAACACAGAGCAGAUUUGUCAAAGCUUUAAUCAAAUCGGCUUUGGAAAGUUAUUGGGGAAAAAAGUCAAUUUAAAUCCCCUUUCUCUUGUGCCCAUCAAUAAAGGCAAAUGGCAGUAAU